AUGCAGAUCGAUCCGGCCGCCCUGAGCCGGACUGACGCGGCGUCCAAUUCGGUCAAAAGUGCUACUCCCAAUGCCUCCGCGACCAUCAAGGCCUCUCGGGCCUUGAUCUCCAUUCCGCGCCUCGACUUGGAGCAUGCCUACACCGACCUGAAAGCCGCCAUCGGAGACAAGUGGGCCGAGUACAAGGAAUCUACCGCUCUUUUCUUGCUAGGACAUUUCAACCAGAGCGAAUACGCGUCACGAAUCGACCAUAUUAUAUGCGCCGAUGUGAAAACAGAACAUCUUCAUAACAAUUUUGUGUGCGCGCUGAUCGGAAAUCUCACGCGAGACCUUCCCGACCAUGGCGUCGCAAACUGGGUAUCAGCGAAUGAUAAGCCCUCGGUGGUAUCCAAGCCGAUCUCGGGGGAUGCAGCGGAGCAAAGACUCAAAACGGAGGUUAUGCAACUGCCCCCAAGAGACCGUCGGCGAAUCAAGGAAUUUCCGGAGUUGGAGAUUCGAAAACGCUAUGCGCAACCUCUCGCUUCAGAGACUGGCGAGUUCCCCGAUGCCGAAUCGAUUCACGCCCGGAUGGUCCCCAUUUGCUACGAGGAAUCCUUGCCCAGUGGGGCUGCUCUUCCUUGCGCGGAACUCAUGGCGAUUGCGACGGAGACUUUUGUGAAGGAAGUUUUGUCUGCGGUGUUUUCGCGCACCCGAUCCAACGGCCCCUCGGGUACCAUCAACAGCAUGAUGAUGCGCAAAUACCGGGAACAACUCGAGCGAGAGGAGCUUGCAUACACUCGAGGCGAAAUUACUAAGGAUACCGCAACAGGUCUCCUACCCGUCGAGGCGAAAGAGGCGGGUCUUCGCAGGCCGUUGGGAGUCAGAGAUCUCCGGUUAUCGCUUGAGCUUGGUAGUGGGUCUCUUGGACAUAUGCCUCUGGUCGUAGACCAGAUUAUGGGCGGAUAUUUUGAAGAUGAACUCGAGACCGAAAAGCAAGACCGCUUGGAGAACGGUGUGGGUGAACCGCAUGAGACGAAGAUCUCCGAGGACGAGAUGGAUGUGGACGACGACGAAUACCCAUCGGACUGGGACGGUGACAUCGCAGCAGCAGACCAAGACCAGUUAACCUCGUUGCUCGACGAGUGUCUAUCUAUGGCCGCAUGA